AUGGUUCUCCACAAGAACAGUAUUGCGGAGGAGCUGAAGGAGGUGGGUCUCCAGGAAGCUUGCGUUCCGUGCCUGGCAGCGGACUCGGAGUCUUCGGCCUCGUUGUACGCCUUGCCCUGCGUGGCCUUCAAGGCCAAGAGCAGCCCGGAAGUCUUGGCCCCGGCGGUUGGUCUGGUGCAUCCGGACGAGGAUGUGAAGCAGCUCGCAAAGGUUUGGGAUGUUGGCUCGGAACCUCCUGCACCCGUCUUGGCUAAUUUUUCGCUGCAUCUGGGACUUGAGAAGGCGGCUGCGUUUUGCACGGAGCUCGCAAGCUGGCUGCGACGGAGGACCUUCUUCGAGAACCUCGCGGUCCCCACCAGCAGCGGCAAGCUGCUCCCGCCAUCGGAGGUUUUCAUAGAUGAUGCCAAGUGGACGAGAAGCCGAAACCUUGAGACCGUGAGCUCAGCAAUAUCACCCGAACAUGCCCGGCGCUUGGGAUGCACCUCCAUCAGGGACAAGCUCGCUGAAGAGUGUGAAGAUGCUACCGACGAGGAUGGCUUUGGACAAGAAGCUGAUUUGGUCGAUCAAGUGAAGCUCGGGCAACCAGUGCGAAGUAAGAAGCUACUCUUGGACGACUACAGUUCGCAGAGUGAUGUGGUUGCUGAAUUCUUCCAGAAUGCGGAUGACCAUGGUGCAGCGUCCCUCACUUUCAUCCUUUGCGAUCAGCAGCAUGGAGAUGAGAAGAUCGUGGACAGGCGCUGCAAGGCCUUGCAGGGGCCGGCACUCUACAUUUGCUCCGACAAGGUGUUGACGGACGAGGACAUCAGGCUGAUGCAGCGGGUAGGUCGAUCUUCCAAGCGCUGGGACUUCCGCUCCACAGGUCGUUUUGGCAUCGGACUCAAUGUCAUGUACAAGUACUCUGACUGCCCGCAGCUGCUGGCGAAUGGCUACUUGCAUUUUUUCGAUCUCAGUAGAUGCUUCGUAGCCAGAGACGGACAACGCCGUGGCAAGAGGUACAAGGUCGAGAGCCUGAAGGAUCGCUUCCCGGACACGCUCGCCCCCUUCGAAGGGCAGUUUCAGGAGCAUGCGGUGGUGUUUCGACUGCCCCUGCGAGUAGAAAGAUCCGAACUGGCCGAGAAGUGCUCCUACGGAGACGUGGAGAGAGACCUGAGGCCGGUCGCAGAAGCUGCUGACUCCAUGCUCUUUUUUGCACAGUCGAUCAAGAGCCUGUCUUUCCUUGCCAAGGGGCAUACGAUUGCAAAGCACUCGGUGACGUUUCCAGAAGAAUCGGGCGAACAGCGGCUGCAGAACUUCCUGGCAACUCUUCCGGAUUCGAAGGAAGAAGCCACCGGUGAAGGAGAAGAUCGUCAGCUGACCGUCGUGAAGCGCUUGCAGAGUGACACAGGCACACCAGCGACAACACGGGAGCGAGACUGGGUCGUCGCCUACACACUGAAGUGCCUUGGCUCCUCAGGAUGUCCCGCGAAGACUCCCAGAACCUUUCCAAUAAGCAGAAAGCCAGAAUCGAAUCUUGAGGCAUGGCUCCUACUUCGCCUAUCGAUGAGCCAAGUGCAGCCCAAGAGUGAUAGCGAAAUUGGGACAUAG